UCCGUCAUUUGCUAUGUUAGCUACUUUUUCUGAAAUAUUUAUUUCAUAGUAUUUGUGUUUAUUUUUUUAUGAAAACCAUGUCAUCGUCUACAAAAGUGUCUCAAAUAGAACUCGAUAAUAUAUCAGACAUUGAUAUCACAUUGCUGACACUCAGGAAACCUACUGAAUUGAAGAAAGUAAUUGAUUCUAUCCCCAAACCAGUGCGAGCUGUUCCAAAGAAUGGACUACCAUUGUGGUAUAAAUUGGGCUUGGAAUGCAAACUGCCAGUACCCAGAAUGCCUGUUGGAAAGAUUAUAUUUGCUCGAGGAAAAAUUGGAGAAGACGUGCGGCGCCUCGGUCUCGGCAGCAGCGGUCCCCAGCCGACCUUCGACCUGACCGACCCCUAUUGCAAUAACGUGUCCUACGACUACGUACCUAUGCACGAUCCACACCUCGCACAUCACUUCGCACAGAAACCGACUAGAAACAGGAUGAAAAUUCUCGGUUUCUGCACCAAAGACGGUAGAGCUGUCUGCACUUUGAAGGAAUUCAAUCAGUAUAGAAAAUAUUUGUACAAUCAAUUCAUGGACAGGAUACAUCAGGAAAUGAAGCAUUUGGACGAGCGCGCGAAGGAUGACUUAACACUAAAACGGGUGGAGGCCGACGUUGCUCGCAGACUUCAGACAUUCACAAAAGCUGAGAGAGCCAGAGAACAUCUUGAGAAGGUAGCGCAAGAACAUGCCGACGAAUGGGCAGAGAAGAAGAGACUAGCGAAGGAACAAGAGAAGAAGAUUCAAGCCAGAAUGCAGUACUUAGCGGAAUUCAAUGAUAAACAACGCAAGGAAAGAGCUGCACGUGCACACGAGAAACAAAACAGAAUCAAGCAAAGAGUGCAAGCAGCAGCCGAGAUGGAACUGCGAAGGAAAAUCACCAUGGUUCGACAAUGGAGAACUAAUGAGAGGAAGAGAUUGAAUCGCCUAAAGCACGAGAGAGAGGCAAAGCAAAAACGCCUGGAAGAAGAGUCUAACAGCAAAUGGAAGGCGCGUGUUACAGCACAAAAUCAAAAGUUACAAGAAGAAGCAUUGCUUCUAAAAUUAUAUACCGAAGACAUGACCGCCGGUGCAAUGCGACGAUCCAAGAAAGCUGAAAUAUAUGCGUAUAAUAACGAUCUAGAGCUACAGCGCAUCAGGCUUGCGAAUUGGAAACUUAUGCACGGUGGUCACGCAAAAGCUGCUCAGCUUGUUAAAAAAAUGGGCCUCGAAUUUGAAAAGUCAAAACGAGACGCUAAAGGCAUGAGUCCAGAAUUAGCGCAACGGCUAGCAGCUGAAGCAAUGACCACUGCUGUGUCGACUCAAGGCGAUAUGCUUAUGACGUUAGGACAAGCUCGAGCAAGAAUGGAUUUGGAGACUGUCUUACCGUCUUCGCCGCUUAAACUUCUUGAUCUGAUGCUCGAAAACGCGAUAAUUGAAUUCGCCCGACGCCGCGUCAACUUGCUGCUCCGCGACGUGGAACGAGUGGUGCGCUCGAGAGCCGCACACGUAUUUUUCCUUAAUUAUCGACCGGAGAAAUCUAAAAAAGGUGGAAGAAAAGCGCCCCGGUGGUCUAUACAGAUCGCUAGCGAACUAGCUCGCCAGUAUGUGAACGUUCGAGGCGCGUCCAUAUUGUUCGGUGAAACUGUCGACAUACCCGCCGAGACUACCAUCGAUUUGGACUUGAAGAGUGUGAAAGACCGACCACCGACACCUGUGCCAUCGAAGACAAAGUUAGCCGAGGUGACAUUCUCGGAUCGAGUAGAAGACUUGCCUGAUCCUGUGUCCGUUGGAAGUUAUCUGCCCGAACGGAGAAAAUUGCUUGAAAUGGUGAACGCAGCUGCAAAGCUCCUAUCGAGAUCUGUCAGCCAAAAGGUACAGAAAUGCAUCGACGUAACUAUCGGCAAAGUGACACUGCCACAUAUGAGACAUCCAAUGGAAUGGGGGGAGGCUGUGGAAGGUCUCUCUUCAGCGGUAGUCAACAACCGCGUGCACGGUGACUGUGCGGAUGUACGCCGCACCAGCGAAUACCUCGCGCAUCGCAUACUGCGCUCCUUGCUUAUCGAGAUGAAGCACGAGAAACAAAGACGCAAAAGCCUGAUAUCUGGAUCAGACGCCGAAAUAAAAGACUUCUACGUGCCUGGACAAAUAACGAACCGCGAUUCAAAACCCCAAGAGGAGGAACAAUAGUCAGUUUUGAUUAUAUUUGCAAUUUUCAAUGGAAAUUUUGAUUGUCGACUCAAAAUUUGUAAAUGUUCGACAGUUAAAAUAUUUUAUUAUUUCUCAGUUUCGGUUUCUUAAGACUUUGUUUUAUUUUGAUUACAUUCUGUUGAAACAUAUUCUAUUUGUCAACUUCAAUUUAUUAAGACUUUGUUGUACUUUGAUUAGUUUUCUUUGAUAAUAUUUGUAACUUUUUGAUCGGCAUUUGUUCAUGAAUAAACGUGAUUUACAACAAUUGUUUUUUCUCAAACCUAACGCUACAGCAGCCCUAAAACAAAACGUUACA